AUGACGGACGAGAUUCAAUUCGUUCCCAACUCGAGUGGUCGGCGAUGGCCGCUGUUGGCGUAUCGAGGGUAUCUCUACCUCCACAAUAGAGCUAAUCCACAGACUUCCUAUUGGCGCUGUAUUAAUGCGCAUAAGGAACAACACUGUAGUGUUCGACUAACGGUUAAGGGAGAUCUCAAUGGUGACCCUAAGGACCUCACUGUUACCAACCUACCAUUGAGGGAACACGUUUGCGGCGAACCAAACUCGAACAUUCGACAGGUCUGCGCUGAAAUGGAGUUUGCGGCGAUCAAUGACGUGGAUUUGAAGAUCCCCGAGAUCUACGAUAAAACUGUUGUUGACCUUCCAGAAGAGGUUGUAGAAAGACUGCCGAAGAGGGAAUGUGUGGAGAAUAGCUUACGACGAGUUAGACAAAAAGUGGCUGCUGUGAACAACGCGGCUCGCCCGAAGUACCCUACAAUCGAUCUCACUCGUCUUCCUCUCGAGAAGCCGUACAGUGUGCCUUCCUUCUCUGGUCGACCUUUCCUCGCUUUCCACGGCUACCUCUACCGCCAGGAUGCAGCGUACAAUGGUAAGCUACACUGGAGAUGCAUAAACUAUCAUAAACAAUUACAUUGUCCAUCAACUCUUAUCACAACUGGUGACCCCGAAGACCCCGAGAAUAUGGUCAUCACUAAUUUGAAUAAAAUCAAGUAUCAUAUAUGCGGUCGACCGAAUGCUCGUGCUCGAGUGCUUUAUCAUGAAGCCGUUGAGCGUGCCAUGGAGGUCACCGAUGACAGCAGGAGUAUCUUAGUGAAGAUCUACAAUGACGUGUUUGGUGGAGAACCUCCGGAGGUGUUGCAACAGCUCCCCAAGAAGGAUAGUAUUCUCGAGUAUAUGCGAAAGAUGCGUUUAAAAGGUUGUCACGCUCGGACUAGUACUACUGUUUCGAGGACCUCUGUUGAAGCUCAUGAAGAUACCGUUCUUUGACUAUUAGCUA